AUAUUUGAAUGUCUACCUACAACAAUAAAUUCGAAUUCAUCCAGUUGGGAGAUGGAUCAUACUCGUGCAGUGAAAGAUUAUCAACGCUCAUCAGCUGACCAACCUGUCCCAUUACCCAGAGAAUUACGACCAACGCAUGUACUACAACGUACAAUGGCUUAUCUGUUAGCCAGCAUAGCUGAUCGUCCAGAAAUCGAUACUAGUCGUAGUCUCUGGAAGCCAUGGUAUGAAUUUAUGUGGACACGUACACGAGCUAUUCGUAAAGAUGUGCGACAACAAAAUUUGUGUUGUCCAAUUGUUAUUGGUGUUAUUGAACGAAUAGCAAGAUUUCAUAUAUUCUGCGCUGCACGAUUAGUUGAUCAACCGGUGGAUAGCUUUGAUCCUCGUAUAAAUUCAGAGAACUUAACCCAGUGUUUACAGACAUUAAAAGAGAUGUAUAGUGAUUUGGAUUCCUUAAAUUCUUCUGAAAAUCUGUGUCCUAAUGAAGCAGAAUUUCGGGCAUAUAUGCUUUUAAUGAAGUUGAAUGAUCAAAAUGAAAUUAA